UUAUUUUUGUAUUUUGAUGUUUUAUAUUUAACUUUAUACAUCAUUAAAUACAGGUAGCACCAUUUUAUUUAAUACUGUUGCUUUUUUGCAAUUUAAUCCUUUAAUUUUAUUUAAAACGCUAUUUGGGUUCAAAUGUCUGAAACGAUAUUUAGGUUGUUUAUCUCCUUUUUGCGACGUGAUGACGUAGCACCGAAGAUUCCACCCGUUUUCCGACAGAUACCGCUUUCUGCGCUAUGAUUGGUCAGCAUCCCUACGCCUUCCGAGCUCUGAUUGGUCAAAACUUCAGUCUCACCAGCGUGAACCAUGGUGUGAAUGACAAAGCGAGGCGGAACAGAUCGGAAUGCGGGUAGGGAAAAAACGCGUAAAAUGAAAAAUGGCGGAUUCACUCCGUAGAGGUUUGUCCGAGAACAGCUCGGAGAGAGUGUUUUGGAGAAAGGCGGUAGGGACUGCUAAAGGCGUCCCUGAGACGGAAAUGGUGGAAACCCUGCGGUGUUACGACGGACAGUGUGGAAAAGAGGAGCGGCGCGUGCACUCAGACGAGGAGGAAGCAGAUGAGCCGUCUCUUCUGAGGUUCAUGUGUGCUGAGCUGACCAGAGGCUACUUCCUGGAGCACAAUGAGGCGAAGUACACAGAGCGCAGAGAGAGAGUGUACACAUGCAUGAGGAUCCCUAAAGAGCUGGAGAAGCUCAUGAUGUUCGGCUGCUUCCUGUGCCUGGACGCGUUCCUCUAUGUGUUCACUUUACUGCCCCUCCGAACCCUGCUCGCCUUCCUGAGACUGCUGACCAUUCCCUGCUGUGGCCUCGGGGCACACAUGUGCCCGUACUGCAGAAGGAGCAGCAGCUCACAGUUCCUGCAACCAGCCCAGGUGUGUGACCUGCUGAAGGGCCUGAUCAUGGUGCUGUGCUGCUCCAUGAUGCAUUACGUGGAUUACGCCAUGAUGUACCAUCUUAUCCGAGGACAGUCCGUCAUCAAACUCUACAUCAUCUACAACAUGCUGGAGGUGGCAGACCGUCUCUUCUCCUCCUUCGGCCAGGACAUCCUGGACGCUCUGUACUGGACCGCCACUGAGCCAAAGUCCAGCAAGAGAUCUCACAUCGGAGUCAUUCCGCAUUUCAUCAUGGCUGUCUUUUAUGUCUUCCUACACGCCAUCCUCAUCAUGGUCCAGGCCUCCACAUUAAACGUGGCCUUCAACUCGCACAAUAAGUCUCUGCUCACCAUCAUGAUGUCCAAUAACUUUGUGGAGAUCAAAGGAAGCGUAUUCAAAAAGUUUGAGAAAAACAACCUCUUUCAGAUGUCGAACAGCGACAUUAAGGAGCGCUUCACUAACUGCAUCCUCCUGCUGAUCGUGUGUCUGAGGAACAUGGAGCAGUUCUCCUGGAACCCAGAUCAUCUGUGGGUGCUGCUUCCAGACGUCCUCAUGGUGGUAGCCUCCGAGGUGGCCGUGGACGUAGUUAAGCACGCGUUCAUCACCAAAUUCAACGACAUCACCGCAGACGUGUACAGUGAAUACAAAGCCAGCUUGGCCUUGGAGCUCGUCAGCAGCCGGCAGCAGUAUGCGUACACAGACUACAGUGACUCAGUGGCCAGGAGAAUGGGCUUCAUCCCUCUGCCUCUGGCUGUUCUGUUGAUCCGAGUGGUGAUGAGCUCAGUGAAGAUUCAGGGAGCACUGGCAUCUGUCAGCCUGCUGCUCUUCUACCUAGGAAUGUUCACACUCAAAGUGUUGAACAGUAUAGUUCUGCUGGGAAAAUCCUGCCACUAUGUAAAAGAAGCCAACAUGGAGGGGAAGCUGUUUGAUAAGCCCAACACUCCAGGUCCGAAAAAGACCCCCAGAACACCCAGACAUUCCAAAUCCCCGCCUCCAUCAGAUAAGCCAAAAGCUGAGCAUCAGUCCCCUUUCAUCACGUCCAUCACCAGGCAACCUGCCCCCCGCACACCAGACCUCCUCCCCUCGACUCCCAAGCCUGUCACCAUGGAAACCAGCGAGCCUAUACCAGAGAGUCCCUCUAAAGCAGUGGAGGGCAGCAGCGAGACUCCUCACGGCACUGAGCUCAAACACAGAGCACUAAAGAAAGACCUGCUAGAGAUCGAUCGCUUCACCCUGUGUGGAAACCGCAUACUUUAACCACCGCAGCUUCACCUCAGAGACGAGACCGAAACACGCCACCAGUCCCCAGGGUAGAGGGACGGCGACAUACACACAGGCUGAGAGAUUCAGUCAGAGAAAACGUAAAGAACAUUCCAGUGACUGAGGACCUGCUGUCCAUGGCAGUCAGGCAGAGUCACAUGAUGUGAGGCCUGAUGGGGGGGGUCCAGCAUCCUCUCUUCCUUUUAGAUGUGAACAGAGUAGAGACGCAGCAUUUCAGUGCAGUGCAGCUACGCUGUCCUGAAUACUCUGCUAUAAUCAUGUCAGACAUUUGAGAAGGAAACAAUCUUAGCAUACAGAGAGAUGUUAAAUCCACAGACUAAAGUUUUAAAAUGAUGUUAUUAGGUAUUAUAAUAAUGAGUAAUAACGAGUUAGAAAAGCUAUAAACUUAAUAACCAGGCAAUGGAGUGAAAGGUGAAAAUGCUGUACAUUUGCUGUCAAACACAACAGCAGUAUUUUAUAUUUCAAAAUAAAACCUAAUACUUUUAAUGACUUAUAAAUGAUAAAAGGAAUUAAAAAAUGUAAAAUCUUAUACCACAGCCAAUUUCAGCAGUUCCAUUUUUUAUUUAUUAAAGAAUGCUGCAUUUUUUUAUUGUUACUAUUAUUAUUUGUUUGUUUACAUUUAUCUUUAAUGUUGCAGAACAGCUACGAAAUGACUUCCUGUUAUCACUUAAAGCAGCUACACUCUAUAUCAGUCGCACUCUUCUCUUUCUGGAAGCCAACCUGAAGACUUUGUAAGAGUCUCUGAUACUGGAGACUCCUUUUGUAAUCAUUUAUGUUUAAAUUAUGUGUAGCUAGCAAUAAACAAUUCGCUGUGAAUUAGCCGUUACUAUGGAAACUAUUUUGAAUCAAACUGGCAAUGUGAUUCGGGCGUUCAGGCCAUGCUGUGGUAUAAAGAUAACGAGUAAUACUACAAUAGGAUUUUUCAUAUUUUAAUGAAGUUAAACAUUCCUAGACUAAAGAGUUCGACUGUACAGAAAACCUCUAGUGAAACCAUGAAACGCAUUUUCACCCUGAACCCAUAAAUACACUGCGCUGCUUGGUUAUUAAAAUAUUGAUGUAUUAAAUAAUAAAGCAUCAUCUCGGUCUAAUGAAUUAUGCCAGGUUUAGUACAGGUCUUUAAUAGAUGUCGUAGAUGGCGCUGAACUUAAUACACGCACUUUCAUCUUGUUGCUGGUCUCAUGGCUGGUUCCCGGCUGGUAGUCAGGUGGAACAUGAGCGAUAGUAGAUAAAAAGGCUUGAAGCUCACAGUGAGCGUUGUCUACUAUCACCGUUUAACAUUCCAGACCUUCUCAUAUAUUGUGCCAUUCUUUAGAGUGUAUUGUUUACUUUAGUUUGUCAAAAAAAAAAAAAAACACAGGUUUGACUGCCUGGGAUUCACCUCUACCUAAAGAGGCAGCGCUUUUCUAACGCAGCUUACCCAGAUCGCUCCCUCUUCAUCUGUACGUUCAGCUCAAAUGCAUCAACUUUUAUGCUGAUGCCACCCACAGCAUCGCACUUGACAGCUGCGAUGCAUUUUGUUUAAGCCUUGAAUCCAAUGUUUGCACUAACAUCUCCCCUAUCUAUAUCCCUGAUUGCUGGAAUCUUUUCAGGAAAAUAAAAAACUAAACACCAGAAUCACUAAACACACACAGAUUAUUAUAACACAAUCAUAUUCCAUAUGUUUCAGGGUGGAGUUUUCCUUCAAAACCCCCAGAUAUCUGAAACCAGAAGAAAAGGAAGUUGCACUGAUUUUUUUUCCACACUGUCUUAGAUGGUUUAGUGUUUGCUUCAACAUGUCAUGACAUUCGCUUUCACGUUUGUUUACUCACUCACUCAGGGAACGGGGAGAAGACAUCUAACACUGCCUCAGUCCUAGUGAGGGUUCAUCGCUUGUCUUUCAGUUCUCUCUGUUUUUGUUCAUCGAGAUGUUUGUGGUCAUAACUAAUAAAAAUAGUGACUCUAAUGAAGAAACGAUAACCAGGGACACCGAUCUAGUUCUAGUAAUUUAUUCAGAGCGUUUUGCACAUUUUAACACGUCUCUUGGUUUCAGGGAGGUAAUCUUAUUUUCACAAAUCAUGAGAAAACAUUCCUAGGUGUAUUAAAGCUGAUUUUUAUGUCUUGCUGGUGUGUUCGGGUCCAGACCGAAUGUGAAUGUGCUCCUUCAGUGAUUUCAUACUAAAAUAAUGUUACACCAGCAA